AUGGAGCUGAUGCAAAUUUAUUCUGUUGUGCACCGCUCCCGCCACCUCAACGACGCGACAGUAAACUCUACCCCCUACGACUAUGUACAGGCCAGGAGGGAACAGAGAUACCGUCCCCUCCCGUCGCCGAAGAGGCGAAAGCUUUUCUCCUACAGUGUAAAUGUUGAUAAUUUCCACACGCCCUUGCCCCCGCGCCGCUCCCUCCCGGGGGCGACACGGGCGGCGACCCCCGCCCCUCCCGCAGCCUCCCCUCACCAGCCCCUCUCCUCCUCCUCGUCGCCGGUGACCUCCGGCAGGCAAAGGCUGCGCGGAGCCGCCGCCGGCGGGGUGCUCUCUAGCUGCUGCUUGCUCGGGAGGAGGGGAUCUCGCGUGCGGGUGGCGGUUGUCCGGCGUUCGGCUCCGGGGCAGCGUCCUUGCUCGCGGCGGAGGCGGUCUUCGGCGUGCGGCGCGGCGUCUGGUCGCGGUGGUGGGCGCACCGUCGCGGUGCGCGAGGUCGCGGUCGUCGGGCCUGUUCGGCUGGGGCUUCGGCCGGUCGGCUGCCGAUCUGGUAGCUCGUCCGGCGAGUUGGGGUGGGGUGGCGGCCCUCCCUCCCUGCUCGGGGCUCUUCUGUGGCGCAGCAGCAGCAGUGGGUUGCUGGAUCUGGCCUGUUUCGGCCGUGUUCGGCUCGUCGGCGUCUGGCCGGCGGCGAGGAUUGUGGUGGCUCCUGCUUGGUUAUGGCGCGAUGGCUUCGUGGGAGGUUCCUCCGGGUUCGGCCCCUUCGGCGCCGGCCCCCGUGCCCCUUCGUGGAGCGAUGCGCGGCGGCAGCCCCCGGCGGCCCCCCCGGCACGACGCCCUCUGCCACCACCACCUGGCUUUGUGACUCCCUCCCCCGAGGUCGAGUCCGAGCGGGCCCCCGGGUCCCCGUCUCCCUCGUACGAGGUUGAGCCCAGCACCCUGCCUGCCCAUCCUGCGACGGGCUCGACGUCACCCUCGCCCGCCGCCUCUUCCGCCGCUGGCUCGGCCGCCGCCGCUGCCGCGGCCCUCGCCGUCGCACCGGGUGCCCCCACCGCCGCGGCCCCCACCGACGCGGCUCCUGCCGCCGCGCCUGCCCUGCCACUUGGCGUGACUACCCGUGCCUGA